AUGGUUCUGAAUCUUCUUCAUUGGCGUUCUCUCUCCUCUUCCUAUCUUUUAAAACCGACGCCACCCCUCUUCCGGUUCAGCUUCGCUUUUCCAUUUACAAAUCUCACAUCUUUCUCAAACAAACAGUUCAUAAAGAACACUUCGAAGCACAAUUCAUCCAAUCCGAAAGUUACCAGCUUUCUUCGUUUGUUCGACCUCUGUCGAAACAUCGAGAAUUUGAAGCCUCUCGGGUCUGUUCUCAUUGUGCGCGAUCUAAUGAGAGAUGAAUAUGUGGUUGCAGAAUUUAUUAUUUCGUGUUUUCAUCUCGGUGCGCCAGAAUUGGCUCUCUCUGCUUUUGAAGCGAUCGAAAAGCCGAGCGUGUUUCUGCAGAAUCUGAUGAUAAGGCGUCUUUGUGAUCAUGGGUUGUUCGAGGAUGUCUUGUGUGUUUACUUGAAGUGUCGGGUUCUGGGUUGCCCAUCUGAUGAUUUCACAUUUCCUUUUGUUAUCAAGGCGUGCACGGCUCUGGGGGCUGUCUGGAUUGCGGAAGGGGUUCAUUGUAUUGUUUUGAGAACUUCGUUUGAAGAAAAUCUUGUUAUACAGACUGCUUUAGUUGAUUUUUAUGCGAAAACUGGUCGCAUGGUGAAGGCACGCUUGGUGCUUGAUAAGAUUUCUCAACCAGACUUGGUGACCUGGAAUGCUUUAAUAUCCGGUUAUUCUUUGAAUGGGUUUGAUAAAGAGGUCUUUGAGGUUUUGAGGCAGAUUAAUGAGAUGGGUUUGAAACCCAAUGUGAGCACUUUUGCCAGCAUAAUUCCGUUGUGUACUCGAAUGAAAUGUCUUGAUAUUGGGAAGUCUAUCCAUGGCUUUGUUGUAAAAUCUGGAUUUUCUUCAGAUGAAUUUUUAACACCUGCUUUAAUUUCAAUGUAUGCUGGUGGUGGGAAUUUGUUUAUUGCUAGAGACUUGUUUGAUUCUGCAGCAGAAAAGAAUGUUGUUAUCUGGAACUCUAUGAUCUCUGCCUAUGCUCAGAACCAGAAGUCUAGUGAAGCCUUUAAAAUGUUCCAGCAAAUGCUCAAAGCCAAUAUGCAGCCAAAUGUGGUCACUUUUGUGUCCAUUAUUCCCUGUUGUGAGAACUCUGCUAACUUUUGGUAUGGUAAAUCCCUUCAUGCUCAUGUAAUGAAAUACAGGUUAGAUAGUCAACUCUCGGUGGCAACAGCUCUUCUUUCCAUGUAUGCCAAGCUUGGAGACCUGAAUUCUGCUGACUUUAUUUUUUAUCAAAUGCCAAGGAGAAACCUCCUAUCGUGGAAUUCAAUGAUUUCUGGGUAUGGGCAUAAUGGUCUAUGGGAAGCAAGUAUGGAUGCAUUUUGUGACAUGCAGUUUGAAGGGUUUGAUCCAGAUGCAAUUUCCAUUGUUAAUAUUCUUUCUGCUUGCUCCAAACUAGAGGCCAUUCUUCUGGGUAAGGCUGCUCAUGCAUUUAGCUUUAGGAAGGAAUUUGAUUCAAAUCUUAAUAUCUCAAAUGCUUUAUUGGCAUUCUAUUCUGAUUGUGGUAAGCUCUCCUCUUCUUUUAAGCUUUUCCAAAAAAUGCCUUUAAGAAAUGCCAUUUCAUGGAAUACUUUGAUAUCUGGGUGUGUACAUAAUGGAGACACAAAAAAGGCAGUUGCCCUUCUUCACAAGAUGCAGCAAGAGAAAAUGGAGCUGGAUCUAGUUACCCUAAUAAGCAUCAUCCCUAUUUGCAGAGUGGCAGAAAAUUUGAUACAAGGAAUGACUCUUCAUGGCUAUGCUAUUAAAACUGGGUUUGCCUGUGACGUUUCUUUGGUGAAUGCACUUAUCAGCAUGUAUUUCAACUGUGGAGAUAUUAAUGCAGGAAAGUUUCUUUUUGAAGUCAUGCCUUGGAGGAGCAUAGUUUCCUGGAAUGCUCUUAUAACUGGCUACCGAUUUCACUACUUACAAAAUGAGGUCAUGGCCUCAUUUUGUCAAAUGAUAAGGGAAGGUCAGAAGCCUAAUUAUGUGACAUUGCUAAAUUUGCUGCCUUCAUGCCGCACCUUGUUGCAAGGUAAAUCUAUUCAUGCUUUUGCAGUUAGAACAGGAGUUAUAGUAGAGACUCCCAUUAUUACGUCACUUAUAUCCAUGUAUGCUAGAUUUGAAAAUAUUAAUUCAUUUAUCUUUCUGUUUGAAAUGGGGGGAAAGGAAGAUAUUGCUUUGUGGAAUGCUAUCAUGUCUGUCUAUGUCCAGACCAAAAAUGCCAAAGAGUCAGUUACUUUCUUCUGUGAGUUGCUUCAUGCGAGGGUAGAACCAGAUUAUAUAACAUUCUUGAGCUUGAUCUCGGCUUGUGUCCAGCUAUCUAGCCUCAACCUUUCAAACUCAGUAAUGGCUUAUGUGAUACAAAAGGGAUUUGACAAACAUAUAGUCAUCAGCAAUGCCCUUAUAGAUUUGUUUGCAAGAUGUGGGAACAUCUCAAUUGCAAAGAAAAUAUUUGAGGGCUUGUCCUCAAAGGAUGCUGUCUCUUGGAGUACUAUGAUUAACGGGUAUGGAUUACAUGGGGAUAGUGAAGCUGCCCUUGCUCUUCUGUCACAGAUGAGACUUUCAGGGAUGAAACCUGAUGGCAUUACUUAUGCCAGUGUUUUAUCAGCUUGCAGCCAUGGGGGUUUCAUUGAUCAAGGGUGGAUGAUAUUCAAUUCUAUGGUAGAAGAAGGGGUACCACGAAGAAUGGAGCACUAUGCUUGCAUGGUGGACCUUCUUGGGAGAACAGGUCAGUUGAAUGAGGCUUAUGACUUCGUUGAGAAACUGCCCUGCAAACCUUCUGUAAGCCUGCUUGAAUCUUUGUUGGGUGCUUGUAUAAUCCAUGGGAAUGUGAAACUUGGUGAGAAAAUUAGUAGCUUGCUCUUUGAAUUAGAUCCAAAAAAUUCAGGAUCCUAUGUCAUGCUUUAUAAUAUCUAUGCAGCAGCUGGAAGGUGGAUGGAUGCCAAUAGAGUGAGGUCUGAUAUGGAAGAGAGACAAUUGAGAAAAAUACCUGGUUUUAGUCUUGUUGAGGGAAAUAGAUAUCCUGUUGAAUAG